AUGCCGGGCACAGUCAUUAGUAACGCGACAAGGAUAUGGGAGAUCAACGUGCAUUGGGGCCUCUACUCUCAGUGCUGCGUCUGGGACGCCAAGGGUCGCGGCGUCGAUGUAUGGGAGUGCAUUCAAGCCCAUGACUCCACGCCCACUACUCAGCCCCCUAAUCCAGUCUUCUGGCGAUAUGUUGCCCGCCGAUAA